UUCCUCCUCCCUUCACUCUACUGUUUUCCGACAUUCUUCUUUCUUCUUCUUCAUCGUCGCCACCGAUGGCCUUGGCGGCGCCGGGAGGAGGAGGAGCAGUUCUUCCACCGUGUUUUUCUCGUUACCCAAAACGCUUCUUAAUCCCCCACAAAACUAGAAAAAAGUUAUGUAUCUUCUGUUCAUCCUCCAAUCCCACUUCUCCUUCCUCCAAAAUUUUCCUCCCUUUCUUGCACGUUCCCGCAAGGAACCAGGUCGAGAAACACUCCUCCCCACCUGAGGUUGAAGACAAUUCCGAUCCAAUUUUAAAAUUCCUCAAGUCCCGCGCUCCAAUUCCGGAUCCUAGUCAAGAAGGUAAAAUUUCACUUCAGAAGAAUCGAAGAUCUUCAUGGCAUCUGGCCCCUAAUUUCGCAGACGCGGAACCUGAAUCGGAAACAGAAACCAUAGCCGAGAAUCUUCAGACCGAUAAUAGAGAAAUUUCAUCCCCCGAAGUAGGGGGAACAGUGGGGGAAGUAUUAUCCAUUGCUAGGGUUUUGCCGGAAAACGUGACAAUAGGCGAGGCACUGGAGAUGCGCGGAAUUGAAUUGGGAGAGGAUGAGUGUGUGGAGGUUCUGAAAUUGUUGGGUGAAGAAGGCAAUUGGAUAAGCUGUCUGUAUUUGUUUGAGUGGAUGGGGUUGAGGGAGCCAUGUCUGGUAUCUCCUAGAGCAUGUUCAGUUUUGUUCACAGUUUUGGGGAAGGCAGGGAAAGGGGAAGAGCUACUGUUGGUGUUUAGGAAUCUGCCAUUUCAGCAGAAUAAGCAAUUCAUGGAUGUUCGUGUCUACAAUUCUGCUCUUUCAGGUCUAUUGUUUUGUGGGAGGUACGACGAUGCUUGGAAAGUUCUUGAGUCGAUGGAAAUGAAUAACAUCCAACCGGAUCAUGUAACAAGUUCGAUAAUGAUUACGAUCAUGAGGAAGAGGGGAGACGCCGCAAAAGAUGUGUGGCAUUUCUUCGAAAAGUUCAACAAGAAAAGGAUUGCGUGGAGUGUGGAAUCUGCCGGUGCUCUUAUAAAGUCAUUUUGCGACGAGGGUUUAAAGAAAGAAGCUCUUAUCAUCCAAUCCGAGCUCGAGAAGAGAGGGAUAUCGUCGAAUGCUAUCAUUUACAACACGAUUAUCGAUGCUUACGGUAAAUCAGGGCAGAUUGAAGAGGCGGAAGGCCUUUUUGCGGAGAUGAAAAUUAAACGAGUAGCGCCAACAGCCGCGACAUACAAUAUAUUAAUGGAUGCCUACAGUCGAAAAGUGCAGCCGGAAAUUGUCGAGAAAUUGCUUCAAGAAAUGGAGGCUGCAGGAUUGGAGCCGAAUGUCAGAUCGUAUACUUGUCUGAUUAGCGCAUACGGGAGGCAGAAGAAAAUGAGCGACAUGGCGGCAAACGCAUUCUUGAAAAUGAAGAAGGUCGGGAUAAAGCCGUCGUCGCAUUCCUACACGGCUCUUAUCCACGCGUACGCCUUAGACGGAUGGCACGAGAAAUCUUACGCGACGUUCGAUAAUAUGCUACGGGAGGGAAUAAAACCGUCGAUCGAAACGUAUACUGCCUUGUUGGACGCGUUCCGGCGCGCGGGAGACACCGAAACACUUACGAGUAUAUGGAAGAUGAUGAUGCGGGACAAAAUCGAAGGGACUCGAGUUACUUUCAACAUAUUACUCGACGGGUUCGCGAAACAAGGGCAGUACGUGCGAGCGCGAGACGUGAUUUGCGAGUUCGGAAAGCUCGGGAUUCAUCCGACGGUCGUGACGUACAACAUGCUUAUAAAUGCGUAUGCGCGGGGUGGGAUGGACUCGAAAUUGCCGCAGCUGUUGAAAGAGAUGGCUGCGCUCGGCCUGAAACCCGACUCUGUCACUUAUUCUACGAUGAUUUAUGCGUUUAUUCGUGUUCGUGAUUUCAGGAGGGCAUUUUUUUAUCAUAAGCAGAUGGUGAAGAGUAACCAAGUUCCCGAUGCGAGAUCGUAUCAGAAGCUCAGAGAGAUUUUGGAGGAGAAAGUCAAGACGAAGAAUCGGAAGGAUAAAAGCGCGAUUAUGGGAAUCAUUAGAAGCAGUGCUGGAUUGUUGAAGCAGAGGAAGAAAGGUCAGAAAGAUGAGUUCUGGAAACAUAAGAAACGAUUUCGAUCUCCCGGCUUCGAUCGAGAGUCGAGGUUAACGGAAAGAGUAUUUGCCGGCUCGGACACUGAUUGCCUUAUGCAGCACCGGUUGCAGCUACUGGCUCACUGUUUUUCCAUCAACAGAAUUGGGCGCUUCGCCAUCCAAUUGAUAGGGUUCUUUGUCGUGACCGUGUUCGUGUUCGUGUUCAUGUUCUCGACGUAUGAUAAAGGAGGCUUUGUCAUCAUGUUCGUGGGGGCACUCGGACACCAUCGACAACGACGAUGGCGACAGCAAAGCAGCAGAGGGUGCAAAGGAUGUUAG